UCAAAAUAUCCAUAAUCAAAACCCAUGAUUUCUUCCCAUCUCUCUAUUCUCUCUCUCCUCCUCUUGGGCUUGGCCUCCCUCUCAGAGACAGUCUCUGAGAAGUGCCACCCAAAUGACAAGAAAGCCCUCCUCCAAAUCAAGAAAGACCUCGACAUCACCAAUUGGAAUCCCAAAACAGACUGCUGCCGAGACUGGUAUGGCGUCAAGUGCGACGACAAGACCAACCGAAUCAUCGAAUUUGUCCUCGCACAGGCCAACCUCCACCUCCCGAUUCCGACCGCCAUCGGCGACCUCCCCUACCUCCAAGACCUAGCCAUCCACAACUGCAACGCCACCGGCCAAAUCCCACAAGCCUUCUCCAAACUCUCGCACCUCAACUUCCUCGAUCUCAGACAGAAUCUUCUCACCGGCCCCGUCCCAUCUUUCCUCGGAAACCUCAAAAAACUCACAUACAUCGGACUCUCGCGCAACAGCCUGACCGGUUCGAUUCCGCCGUCGCUCUCUCAGCUGCCGGAGCUCGGCGGCCUGCUGUUGGACCGGAACAACCUCACCGGCGGCAUUCCUGAAUCGUUCGGAUAUUUUAAGGUGCAGGAUUUCUAUCUGUACAUGUCGCACAAUCAGCUAUCCGGCCCGAUUCCGAGAAGCUUGGGAUAUACCAACUUCAGUUUGCUCGAUGUUUCUAGAAACAAGCUGGAAGGAGACAUAUCCUUCAUGUUCGGGAAAAACAAGAGUUUGAACACCGCUGACUUUUCGAGGAACUUGUUGCAGUUCGAUUUUUCCAAGGUGGAGUUUCCGGGGAAUUUGCAGAACUUGGAUUUGAACCAUAACAAGAUUUUUGGGAGCUUGCCCGUGGGUUUGGCUGAGUUUGAUAUGAUUUCGCUGAAUGUGAGUUACAACAGGCUGUGUGGCCGGAUUCCCGUCGGCGGCAGGCUGCAGGACUUCGAUUAUACGGCCUAUUUUCACAACAGGUGUUUGUGCGGUAGUCCUUUGCCAGAAUGCAAAUGAUUUUUCUCUAAUUUAAUACUAUAUUAUUGUUUAUGCUUACAUAUGUUAUUAAUCGAAUAAGAUAUGAUGUAGACAAAUUGCUCAAUUCUUGGAAUAUGUUGUAUUCUUAAUGAAAUUAACUUUGUAUUUUGGAUA